AUGAUUGAUCAGUAUGUUUUGGAAUUGGCCAUUGCUUCUUUAGUUGGCUUUGUUCUGCUUUACAUUUUACAACGAAAGAGAAAGAACAAGAGAGCUUCAAUGAAUUUUCAACGACAUGACGAACGCAUCUACCACUCUGAAAAUGGUGAAUGUCGGCCGGAGGACACUGCAAGAACCGAUGUCAUCGUUGUCGGCGCCGGCGUUGUUGGUUCUGCUCUCGCUUAUUCGCUUGCCAAAGAUGGACGCCGCGUGCAUGUGAUUGAGAAAGACUUGACAGAACCUGACAGGAUUGUUGGUGAAUUGCUACAGCCCGGGGGUUAUCUGAAACUAAUUGAGUUGGGUCUUGAGGACUCUGUGAAUGAAAUUGAUGCUCAACGAGUGUAUGGAUAUGCUCUUUUCAAGGACGGAGAAAAUACUAGAAUGUCAUACCCCUUGGAAAAAUUUCAUUCAGAUGUGGCUGGGAGAAGCUUUCACCACGGGCGUUUCAUACGACGGAUGAGGGAAAAAGCUGCUACUCUUUCCAAUGUAAGACUAGAGCAAGGCACAGUGACAUCUCUGCUUGAAGACGAUGGGACCAUCAAAGGGGUGCAAUACAAGACUAAGACCGGUCAGGAAAUGACCGCACAUGCUCCUCUAACAAUUGUUUGUGAUGGUUGUUUUUCAAAUUUGCGGCGCUCUCUUUGCAAACCAAAGGUUGAUGUGCCCUCUUGUUUUGUUGGUUUGGUCUUGGAGAAUUGUCAACUUCCAUAUGCAAAUCAUGGGCAUGUUAUUCUAGCAGACCCUUCCCCCAUCUUGUUUUAUCCUAUUAGUAGCACCGAGAUUCGCUGUUUAGUUGAUGUACCCGGACAGAAGGUACCUUCCAUUUCUAAUGGUGAAAUGGCUCAUCAUUUGAAAACUAAGGUGGCUCCCCAGAUUCCCCCUCAACUAUAUAGUGCCUUUAUAUCAGCAAUUGACAAAGGAAACAUAAGAACAAUGCUCAAUAGAACUAUGCCAGCUGCUCCAUGUCCCACUCCUGGUGCCCUAUUGAUGGGGGAUGCAUUUAACAUGCGGCAUCCUUUAACGGGAGGAGGAAUGACUGUAGCUUUAUCAGAUAUUGUUUUACUGCGGGAUCUUCUUAGACCUCUGCGCGAUCUAAAUGAUGCAUCUGCCUUGUGCAAAUAUCUUGAAUCUUUUUACACGUUGCGUAAGCCUGUGGCAUCUACAAUAAACACAUUGGCAGGUGCUCUGUACAAGGUUUUUUGUGCAUCACCAGACCUAGCAAGGAAGGAAAUGCGCCAAGCAUGUUUCGAUUAUUUGAGCAUUGGAGGCAUUUUCUCAAAUGGACCAAUAGCUUUACUCUCCGGUCUAAAUCCUCGCCCAUUGAGCUUGGUUUUGCAUUUCUUUGCCGUGGCUGUCUAUGGUGUUGGGCGCUUGUUACUUCCAUUCCCUUCUCCCAAUCGCAUGUGGCUUGGCGCCAGAUUAAUAUCAGGUGCAGCAUGCAUCAUUUUCCCCAUUAUUAAGGCUGAAGGAGUGAGGCAGAUGUUCUUCCCCAUAAUUGUUCCAGCAUAUUAUAGAGCUGCUCCAACAAAUUAACAUUAUCGGAACAUUUUAUUUCACUCUUUUGGCUGUAUGAUUGAUUGUUUUUGUCUUUCAAAAGCUAGCUUGUAUUAGUAGAUCCAGC